GACCAUGCCGCGCAAAAUUGAGGAAAUCAAGGACUUUCUGCUCACAGUGCGGCAGAAGGACACCAAGUCCAUCAAGAUCAAGAAAAAUAAGGACAACGUGAAGUUCAAGGUGCGCUGCAGCAAGUACCUGUACACGCUGGUCAUCACCGAUAAGGAGAAAACCGAGAAGCUGAAGCAGUCGCUGUCCCCAGGUUUGGCGGUGAAGGAGCUGAAAUGA